AUUUGCAACCUGCUACCAAAUUGCUUUGGCUAUCAAGGAUGAAGUGGAGGAUCUUGAGAAGGCUGGUAUCAAUGUGAUCCAAAUUGAUGAGGCUGCUUUGAGAGAAGGUUUGCCUCUUAGGAAGUCUGAGCAAGCUUUCUACUUGGAUUGGGUUGUCCACUCCUUCAGGAUCACCAACUGUGGCAUCCAGGACACUACACAGAUCCACACUCACAUGUGCUACUCCAACUUCAACGACAUUAUCCACUCAAUCAUCGACAUGGAUGCUGAUGUGAUCACCAUUGAGAACUCGCGUUCCAAUGAGAAGCUUCUGUCUGUCUUCCGUGAGGGAGUGAAGUAUGGUGCUGGAAUUGGGCCGGGUGUGUAUGACAUCCACUCUCCUAGAAUACCAUCAACUGAAGAGAUUGCUGACCGCAUCAACAAGAUGCUUGCCGUGCUUGAGACCAACAUUUUAUGGGUUAACCCCGACUGUGGUCUCAAGACUCGCAAAUACUCUGAAGUCAAGCCAGCACUCAAGAACAUGGUCGAUGCCGCCAAGCUCCUCCGCACCCAGCUCGCCAGUGCCAAGUGA